CAAACGUCCAAAAAGUUGAUAAAAGAUCUAGCACAAAGCAAAAUACAGUAUUUAAACCCAAUAAUCUGCAUUUCUUUUUCACGUGCCUUUAAUUUGUAAAUUCUUUGAAGAAAUGUUUAUUAAAAUUAGAAAAGAUGGUGACGAAAAGCAAGAAUGGGUUAUUUCUGUAUCAAAACAGGAUAAAGUUAGUGUCAUUGAAAAACUGGUCACACAAAAGACUGGUGUAAAACCUAAACAACAGACUCUUCUUUUCAAAGGAAAAACGCUUGCAUCCAAGGUUUGUAUUCUUGACUACCAAAUCCAAAACAACAAUGUUGUGCAAUUAUUUGUUAGAGACAUAGAUAAUUCUGAAUCAAAAGAAAGUACUGAUGCAAACACCGAAGACUCUGAUAAAAAUUUAAUUGAAGCUGAAAGUAAAUAUUAUGCUGUUGGUGAUCUUAUUGAUGUGUUAUUGGAAGAUGAUGGAACCUGGUAUGAAGCAUUUAUUGUUAAAAUAUAUUUUAAAAAGGAGCCAUUUGAAAUUUUAUCUGAGGAAGAUGAAAAUAAACUAAUCUUCAGAAUCAAAAGUGCAAACCACAUAAUUCCUGGUUUUGAAACUGAUGCUGGAUUUAAUGACAUAAGACCUAGAUCAUAUCAUAUUUAUAAACCAGAGGAACUAUGUCCUGACAUGAUUGUCUUAGCAAAUUAUAAUUUAGAGGAAAAGCAUUUAAGAGGACAUUGGUAUAACUUUAAAAUAGAAGAAGCUAGUAAACUGAAUGUAACAGGUACCGCUUUAGUUGGAAAAGAACAAACACCUGUAGAAAAUUGCAAAUUAAUAUUUGUUGAUAGAAUUAUGAGAAUAGAACAUCCUGUUCAGUUAACUGAAGUUAGUGCUGAAGAAAGGUUGUCCAGAUAUUCAGAAAAAACUAACAGAAUUUACCCUUACAACUGUAAUACUUGUAAAGAUGAUAAAAAUAAAAAAUGUCGUGAAUGCGGUUGUACUGUGUGUCACACAAAAGAAAACUGGGAAGAUAUAAUUUUAUGUGAUGAAUGCGACGAUGAGUAUCAUCUUGAAUGUCUUGAUCCGCCAUUAGAUGAAGUUCCGGAAGGAGAUUGGUACUGUCCAGAAUGCAAAACUGAUGAUUCCGAGAUAGUUAAAAGAGGUGAGGGAGUAAGAUUGAGUAAAAAACGGGCAAAUAUGCCAAGUAAAACCACUACGUCUACCCGUGAUUGGGGUAGAGGUAUGGCUUGCGCUGGGAGAACGACGGAGUGUACGGUAGUUUCCAAAGAUCACUUUGGCCCUAUUCCAGGAAUCGAUGUUGGAAGGCGUUGGAAAUAUAGAGCACAGGUGUCUGAGGUUGGAGUUCAUCGUCUUAUCGUAGGUGGUAUUCAUGGAUCAGCAAAUAUAGGGGCCUACUCGAUUGUUUUAAGUGGCGGAUAUGAAGACGAUAUAGAUCAAGGCGAUGAAUUUAUUUACACGGGAAGUGGAGGCAGAGAUUUAAGUGGAAAUAAACGAGUGAACAAGCAGAGUAUGGACCAAGAAUUUAAACGAGGCAAUAUGGCUUUAGCAGUUAAUUGCAAUGCUCCACUUGAUAAAAAUGGAGCAGAAGCAACAGAUUGGAGAGCCGGUCUACCAGUGCGAGUAGUAAGGAAAGGUAAUCCUAAAAUUAAUUCAAAAUACAGCCCAAAAGAUGGAUUACGGUACGAUGGUAUUUACAAAGUAGUUAAAUAUUAUCCAGAAAAGGGAGAGUCCGGAUUUUUGGUGUACAGAUAUUUAUUGAGGAGGGAUGAUCCCAAUCCAGCACCAUGGGAAGAAGGUGGUCAUGAAGAUGAUAUUGUUUAUCCAGAUAAUUAUUCUGAAAAACAAUCAGAAAAAGAAAAGAAGGGAAAGCCUUCUAAAGGACGAAAACGUAAAGCAAGUGAAGAUGAAAUGGAAGAACUAGAAGAAAAAGAAAAUAAAUCAAAGCCUACCAAGAGAGAAAUACCAUAACAAGUUUUUUCAAUGGAAUGAGCAAUGGAAACAGCAGUAAAAAAAUUAAGAUAGAAUAUGAAGUACCUGAAGAAAUAAGUAAGUUAAUAAAAGAAGAUGUGGACAAUGCUGCCUUAUGGGAUGACUGCAAUGAAACUAUUAAGUUAGGAAAGCAGAAAUAUUUGGCAAAAAUUCAAGAAAAUUUCAAAUGUGCUUGCUGUCAGGAUAUGGUAUACAAUCCAAUUACUACUGAAUGCAAACACAAUAUGUGUGAGGCGUGCAUGCGGCGAGCAUUCAAAUCGAACUAUUACAAUUGUCCUUAUUGUCGAUUUGAACUAGGAGGAUGUUACGAUUUAACAGUUAACGAAACGCUUAGUAAAAUUUUAAACAUGUUUUUCCCAGGAUAUGGAAAAUAAAUUAC